CACUCAUGCAAUCUGCCUCUAAGAUGAUUUCCGCUGCAUGUUACAAGAACUACAGGCGUGGUAGCAGCGACCCCUAUGGCUUGGGCUCAGGAGCAGCGAAUUGAAGAGCAUUUUGGUCGGUUUCUGUGCUUCGAUGAGGAUUCGGAAAGUGAGGAUAUAUUACUGGAUGAGCUGGAGGAGGAGCUCGAAGAGCACAAGGACUAUGAUGCACUAAUAACUAUUUUAAGGAAAGGUGAAAAACAACGUGGCAUGGCGACAUUGGUUGAGGGCAACCUAGGCCAUAUUGAAGAAGCUUUGAUUCAGGAUUAUAUUGAAGACAACGACAAACUUGCUCUGUUGCAUGAUCAGAUUCAUGAAUGUGACAUUAUUUUGUCACAAAUAGGAUCACUUCUUAGUGGCUUCCAGGCCCAUAUAGGUUCAAUAAGCUCGGAAAUCAGAAGCCUCCAGGUGAAAUCCUUGGAUAUAAGUGUUCAACUGAAGAACCGCAAGUUGGUGGAGACAAAGCUUGCUGCAUUUGUUGAAGAGAUAAUUGCUCCUCCUGGUUUAGUAGAUAUUCUUGUUAAUGGAGAGGUAAAUGAUGGUUAUGCCAGAAGUCUGGAGAUUUUGAGCAAAAAGUUGAAAUUUGUUCAAGUCAACCCACUGAUUAAUGCAUCAAAAGCUUUGAAAGAUAUUACACAAGAACUGGAAAGGCUUCGACAAAAAGCACUAUCCAAGGUUUCCAGCCACAUUAUCGAGAUUUUCUUUGCUAUGAGAAAGCCUGGAACUAAUAUACAGAUAUUGCAACAAAAUUUGCUUCAGAAACAUAGGUAUCUCGUUGUGUUUCUUAAAGAGCAUGGUUCCGAGACAUAUGGUGAUUUGUGUGCAUCGUAUGUUGAUACAAUGAACAAGGUACUGAGUACAUACUUUCGUGUGUAUGUAGAAGCACUAGAGAGGCUGAAACUAGAUAUUGGUGUAUCCAGUGAUUUAAGUGGACAUGAUAGUAUCACUGAUAUUAUAGCAAGGGGAAGGGAGCAUUUGAGAGAUCACCGUUUCAUGUUUUCAUUGGGUGAACGUGCAAAUAUUUUGAAGGAGAUCGAUCAACCUGGCUUGGUUCCUCAAGUCAACUCUCGCAAAUAUCCAUAUGAAGUUAUUUUCAGGAGCAUUCAGAAGCUUCUGAUGGACACCGCUAGUUCUGAGUAUCUUUUCAUUGAAGCAUUCUUUGGAGAAGAGUCACUAUUUUAUCAAGUUUUUGAAGGACCUUUUGCUGUUAUUGAUCAUCAUUUGGAUCUUACUCUUCCAAAGUGUCAUGAUGCUGUGUGCCUGAUGCUCAUGAUCUGCAUAACUAGGAAGCACCAGUUGGUUAUGUCCAACAGACAGCUUCCUUGUCUUGAGAACUACUUUGAUAAGGCUGUCAUGUAUCUCUGGCCACGAUUCAAGGUAGUGUUUGACAUGUACCUUAGAAGCUCAUAUCAGUGUGAUGCAAAAACGUUAUGGAUAGAUGGUACCCAUCCGCACCAUAUUGUAAGGUGCUAUGUGGAGUUCACAGCAUCCCUUGUUCAACUUAAUGCUGAAUGUGGAGACGGUCAGCUUGAUAUGAACUUGGAACGCUUGCGGUCAGCUAUUGAUGGUCUACUUGUUAGGCUUGCCCAAAAUUUCACAACUCCCAAGCUGCAGCAUCUUUUUGUUUUGAAUAAUUAUGACAUGGCCAUCUCUGUCCUCAAGGAAGCUGGUGAUGAAGCCAAAAAUCUGCAAAGAUAUUUUGAAGACAAACUAGAAAGUAACAUGAUGGCUUUUGUGGAUGAUUUGCUCAUGGAACAUUUCAGCGAUUUACUUCGAUUUGUUAGGAGUCGUGUAUCUGAAGACCUGCUAUUUUACACUGAGCACUCAAAUAUUGAUGAACUUGAGCCAGUUGUGAAGAACUUUGCCAUGAAGUGGAGAAGUGCUCUAGAGAUCAUGCACAAUGAAGUUGUAACUUCUUGCAGUAACCUCUUGUCCGGGAUGGCAAUUCUAAAAGCAGCUAUGGCUCAGUUGCUUAAUGACUACAACAGACUCUCAGAAUGUGUGAAAAAAAUCCCAGGGGGAUCAGCUUUGAACAGACAUCUGGUUUCCAUCACCUCAAUUUCAUAUGAGAUAAGGAAAUACUCAAGAGCACUCUAGUUGCUUAUCAUGGGCCUAAGAAAUUCUAAACAAAAGGUACGUUUGGUUCAUUGCUUUCCUGAGCUAGAGCUCAGCUGGGCAAGCUCGCCCGCUCUAGCCAUGCUGUGCUUGGCGCGGCUAAUCAUUUGGUUGGAGACAAAUAAAACUAACUGUUGCAGUAAAGAUUUCUUUGGCCAGCCGUGCGAUUCGUGCUCCUAUUUUGUCAGGUGAGACAGGCGCUUGGGUUUGCUGUUAAAAGAGCGAAAUUGACUCUCCUUCAAAAGCGAGGUUUCUGUUGCCUGGCGAGGCGCGCUCGCCCCAGGAAGCGAGAAAUUUUUGGAAGUUCCAAUAGCAAGGAUAGUACAGUUUUUGCCGAGGAUCCAAACGCACAAAAAAUAUCACCAUUGAACUUUUCAAACAUUCACCCAAAUAAAUGCCAGCUGUCAGUUUUAGUUUGAUUUGAAAUUAGGUGUUGUCAAUAAAAUAGUUUGAACAUUUAUUUAUUCGCGGCUGUCGCUGUUGUUAAUGUUAUUGCUUUUUUUUAUGUGUGAUCAUACUACGACAACAGGGACCU